AUGGCAGGGAACCUAAAGAAAGGCGGAGGGAUCAUAGGAAUGAUGAAGGAUGCCUUCCAGCCACACCAUCACCACCUCCACUCCCAUCACCAGCCGGGGGUCGUGGACAAGAAGACGGUGGAGAAAUGUUGGAAACUGAUGGACAAGGUGGUGCGGCUGUGCCAAAACCCCAAACUGGCUCUGAAAAACAGCCCCCCUUACAUCCUUGACUUGCUGCCAGACACCUACCAGCACCUGCGCACCAUAUUGUCUCGCUACGAGGGCAAAAUGGAGACUCUGGGGGACAACGAGUACUUCCGGGUCUUCAUGGAGAACCUAAUGAAGAAGACCAAGCAGACCAUCAGCUUGUUCAAAGAGGGCAAGGAGCGCAUGUACGAGGAGAAUUCACAACCCAGGCGGAAUCUCACCAAACUGUCGUUGAUCUUCAGCCACAUGCUGGCCGAACUCAAAGCCAUCUUCCCCAAUGGUCUGUUUCAGGGUGACAAUUUUCGCAUAACCAAAGCAGAUGCUGCAGAGUUCUGGAGGCGUGCUUUUGGGGACAAAACCAUUGUGCCUUGGAAAGUGUUUCGUCAGUCCCUCCAUGAGUUUCAUCCCAUCAGCUCUGGACUGGAGGCCAUGGCUCUUAAGUCUACUAUAGACCUUACCUGCAACGACUACAUCUCUGUUUUUGAGUUUGACAUCUUUACAAGGCUAUUUCAGCCUUGGUCAUCCCUGUUGCGGAACUGGAACAGCUUAGCUGUUACUCAUCCGGGGUACAUGGCCUUCCUCACCUACGAUGAGGUCAAAGCUCGUUUGCAAAAAUUCAUCCACAAGCCUGGCAGUUACAUCUUUCGACUGAGCUGCACACGGCUGGGCCAGUGGGCCAUCGGUUAUGUGACGGCAGAUGGAAAUAUUCUCCAAACCAUUCCCCAUAAUAAACCCCUCUUCCAGGCCCUCAUAGAUGGUUUCCGAGAAGGAUUUUAUUUAUUCCCUGAUGGCCGAACCCAAAACCCUGACCUGACGGGACUGUGUGAGCCUUCCCCUCAAGACCACAUUAAAGUCACACAGGAGCAAUAUGAGCUGUACUGUGAGAUGGGCUCCACUUUCCAGCUUUGUAAGAUCUGUGCUGAGAAUGACAAGGAUGUGAAGAUCGAGCCCUGCGGUCACCUCAUGUGCACCUCCUGUCUCACUGCCUGGCAGGAGUCAGAGGGUCAAGGAACUGGAUGUCCCUUUUGUCGCUGUGAAAUUAAAGGUACAGAGCCUAUUGUUGUUGAUCCUUUCGACCCCAAGGACAACAGCGGAUGCUUAUCUAGGUGCAUCAUGGGAGCCGAGGGCGCACCAUCGCCCAGCUACGAUGACGACGAUGAUGACAGACUUGAAGACCCCCACCUGGUGAUGAGCAAACUUGCCUGUAUGAAGGUGGAGCGCCCCCCGUCACCCAUGUCCAUGCCUCCUCAGUCAUCUUUUCCCCCAGUACCUCCCAGACUUGACUUGUUACCACACAGGCCUGCGAACCCCCCUGGUGCCUCCAGUCCAGGCGUCAGCAGUAAGACUCCAUCUCACCACAAAGACAAGCCUCUUCCUCUUCCUCCUGCACUGCGGGAUCUCCCCCCUCCUCCUCCUCCAGACAGACCCCACACGGUCGGGCCAGCCCCUGAUGCCCGGUUGCAAAGGCGACCCUUACCCAGCACUCCAGGGGAGCCCCCACGAGACAAGCUCCCUCCCACACCCCCAAACCGUCCAGUAGCUGACUGGAACUCCAGGCCUGUUCCCAAGGCCCCCACCUCCUCUUCUUCCUCAUCCUCAUCAUCCUCUUCAUCCACACAAGUCUCCAGUCUGGGAGGGGACAUUCGAGCAGGUGUCAGGGAACUAUCCAACAGACACUCCCUCCCCUUGGCACUGCCUUCUGCUCUGGACACCCGCUCAGACUCUCAGAAGAACAACAGCUCCGUCAGUCUGGACCACCAGCUGAACUUUGCUGCAUUAUUGGGUCCAGAAUAUGACAACCCCAAAGUGAAACCCUCCGCUUCAGCCAGCGCCAUCUAUUCACUGGCAAACAGACCAUCUCCAGUUUUGAGAGCAGUAGCCGGUGAAGAGCCAUGUGACAGUGAGGAGGACUCCGAGUACAUGAUUCCCUCCUCUCGGCCCAUCGUGGCACCACCCGUUGGAGAACCUUUACCGGCGCCAAGACCCUCACAGCCUCAGCCUCCGUCAGCACUCCAAGCACAAGCCCAACCCUCUGCACUCAACUCGCGGCUGACACUAGCUGCUGAAGAUGGACCUAUAGGUUAUGAAGCCAUGUACAACAUCCAGGCCCUGUCACAACAAGCCAGAGAUUCAGAUUAUUCAGAGCUGCCCCCUCUGGGGAUGACAAACGGUCCCAGAGACCCUGCACCUGAGGACAAGGAGGAGGAUGACGACGGCUACGACUUCCCAAAGUCCCUCCCUUUGCCCCCUGCACGACGAACACUCUCAGAAAUGGGAGGCUCUUUAUCAUCUUCUUCCUCCUCAUCAUCAUCAUGCAUGUCCUCCACAGCUGCUUUCAACCGCCUUUCCCUUGAUGUAGAUGCUGGAGCUGCACCAUCCUCCUUGGAACUGGCAGAAGCAGCGCCAGAGAGACCUCCGAAGCCUCUGCCGAGACGGAUCAACUCCGAGCGCCGACACAGCCCUGUCCCGCCCGUCCUCGCUCCCCCAAGCGCUGCUUCAACAGGAGAGGACGCCAACCCCCAGAUCAGCAGUGAGAUCGAGCACCUCAUGAAUCAGGGAUACUCGUACCAGGACAUCCAGAAAGCACUGGUGAUCGCACAGAACAAUAUAGAAAUGGCCAAGAACAUCCUGCGCGAGUUCGUGUCCAUCUCCUCCACCGCGCACAUCCUCACAUAA